CAGGAUGCGAGCGGCUCACCUCCCCCCUCAUUAGGCAACCAAGCCCGACCAAGCUCCUGCGGUUGUUCUGGGGCCGAAUACAUUCAACAGUGGCAACCCCCAUCUCCAGAGCCCGGAUAAAGUCCCUGAAAAGAUUAUAACAAGAUGCCCUUUUAUGACCCCAACGGCUACAUGCAGUAUGAGGCCAUCCGGGACUACUAUGAGCGAUUGUCCAAAGACACUCCGGAGGGCGUCGUUAACCACUUGUGGUACAACAUCCUGCGAGAGUAUUUCUUCAAUAGCGAGGGCUUCCAGCUUGAGGUUCAGCCGGACGCACGAAACAGGAGGACGAGAUGAUCAUCCUAUACGUCAAACACAACAAGAACACGACUCUUAUUCUCGUUGUGGACAACCGAGUAUCGCUGGAGACGGACUCCGCGAGCUGGAGCAACGCCGUCAAUGAGCUCACCAACCAUAUGAAGCUUGCCCGCUCGGACUUUCCCGAAGGCCAGGUAGCCGAAACCAUAUUCGGCAUCGCGACCGUCGGUCACUACUCACGCCUCUAUAUCAUGGAACCCGGGCAGUCAACGCUCACGGACCACCCAACCACCGCCGGUGGUUUACUGGAGUUCAGGAAGGACGAGUCGCAGAUUGUCAGCCUCCUCCUCUCUAUUAAGUCACAAGCGUCGCCGGUUGUUUUUGAGAGAGCAGACCUGGAUCCCGGCUCCGGCGGUCCUGGUCAGUGAGAGCUAAAGCCCUAGCUCCGAAGUUAGUGGUGGGCUUGAUUCAAACAUUCACAAAAGACCGUUACAGAACCCUGAUUUCUUCAGAGGAGAGGGUGUGCAAAACAGUUGGAAUUCUGUAUUGUAGCCAACAGAAAGAGCACCUAGGUAGGUACGCAGUACUUACCUGAUACGUAGGUAGCGUUUCCUCCUGGGGCGUAAUAACUGAGGAACCUCGGAACUUAGAUCCAGCGCAUCUUCGUGCAUAUGUCUCGAUGCAGACUCAUAUCGACCUAGUCUACCCACGACAAAUAUCUCGCAUUUUCCUUCCUACUAAUUAACC